GCGCUAUAUAACCCGAGGUAACGCUGCACAGCUGCACUUUCUAGUGAUUAUUGGGGUCCGGUAGGCUGAGUGGCAGAGCGGGCACAGAGGUUUGACACGGAGUAAGCAAGGAAGAGACUGAGCUGCGUGUAAGAAGAGUUAUCUGAAAACCCCAGUGAGUCAAAAAUCCCACAACGUCUGCUUGUAGUGCAAGAACCCCGAGAGACAGUGCCUGUAUAUCCCCAUGACAGAGAGGGAGCCUAUUGUGUAAGAAUCCCAGGCACAGUGAGUCUUAUGUUACCCCGGAAGGGCUGACAGUAUACUCGGUCACUGUACACAGGGAGUCUAGGUAGGGGUGAUCGUGGAUACCUUAUAAAUAAGAGCUGGUCCCGAUUCUGCUUAUUGAUUCUACCGCCUGUAGACUGGCAGCAAACAGAGAGUGAAACUAAAGUUAACUUGCAGCUCAUUCUUCCGCAACUCUUACAGUUACUAUUCUGAAAUCAGAUUUCUAGGAAUGAAACUUGAGAAAAACGAACUACAUACAAGAUAGAAAGAAGACUGCAGAUAGUGGUGCCCUUGCCCUAUAUACCGAGAUAUAGUAAGCCCUUUCACACGUGUUUAGGGCAAUAGAUCAUAAGGUAAUACAUCCAUUUCCACAUUUAGGGAUAGUCUCAUAUCAUUAGAGGGCAGAGCUACACACAGCUCUUCUCUUCAAAUAUAGAUCUUCACCUGCUCUCUCAACCUUAUUAAAUCCCUGUGCCCAAAUGGAUCCUGGCAAGAUACGAUCUCUGCCAGAGAAGCACCAAGUGAACUUUAAUGGCUUCAAGCCCAGUGAUAAGAAAGAACCUGAGAGUGCUCUGAGCAAGACAGAAAGAGGAAGAGCAGCAGUCAGCACCCCACCACUGGACAGCUGGAGAGAAGAGAGGACUCGCAGUGAAGAGGACAAUGAACUCAACUUGCCCUCACUGGCAGCAGCAUAUAGUACCAUACUCAGGGCACUGGGUGAAGACCCAGGGAGACAAGGUUUACUUAAAACCCCAUGGAGGGCAGCUACUGCCAUGCAAUACUUCACUAAAGGCUACCAGGAGACCAUAUCUGAUGUGCUUAAUGACGCCAUAUUUGAUGAGGACCACGAUGAAAUGGUGAUUGUGAAAGACAUUGACAUGUUUUCAAUGUGUGAGCAUCAUCUGGUUCCCUUCAUUGGAAAGGUACACAUAGGCUAUCUUCCAAACAAACAAGUGCUCGGUCUCAGCAAGCUUGCAAGGAUUGUGGAAAUCUACAGCAGAAGAUUACAAGUCCAAGAACGCCUUACAAAACAAAUAGCCAUAGCAAUUACAGAAGCCUUACAGCCAGCUGGAGUAGGAGUUGUUAUCGAAGCCACGCACAUGUGCAUGGUGAUGCGAGGUGUUCAGAAGAUGAAUAGCAAAACCGUCACAAGCACCAUGCUAGGAGUGUUUCGAGAAGACCCAAAAACUCGAGAAGAGUUCUUAACCCUCAUAAAGAAUUGAUUCCAGUGCCAAAAUUCUGAUGUCCGAAGGAGUUUUGCUGCCCACUGUAUCUGUGUUUACUUACAGUUACAUCGUAAUUUCUUAUCUUAUUCCUAACCUCAGCGUAUGUUACAUAGUAUCAACGUAUAUGAUACGUAUUUCUAAAGGUUGACUUUGUAGUUUACAUUCCUAAUUAAAUAUGUAACUGUAAAAAGAAUGUACACAAAGCUUAAUUUUAUUGUAGACAAAGCUGUGCAAAGUACAAACUGAAUGUUCUGAAGGAAGCAUUUUACAUUCAUUAUAAAUAUAAUUACCUUAAAGAGACGCUUUACGGUAUCACUUCAUGUUUUUAAACAGAACCCAGUAAAGCACACACCCUUCUUGCAAUUCUUAAAAAUAAAGAUAGCAAUUUAUAGGCGCACACCAGUUGGAGAUAACGGCUCAGCCUAUACAUCCCCAUGUAUCCAAAAGCCUCUUAAACUUAAAACAAAAGUCCUGUCUUGAAGGAAGAAAUCAGAUAAGUUUGUUUUUAAAAAUGGUAAAAGGUAUAGGUAUAAACAUGUAUGUAAUACUGGGUUCUUCUGUAAGGACUGGAAGUGAUUAAUUAAACCUUAAAGGGACACUGAACCCAAUUUUUUUCUUUCGUGAUUCAGAUAGAGCAUGACAUUUUAAGAAACUUAAUUUGAAAUGCAAGAAUGUAUGUAAAAAAUGCUGUCCAGAGUCCUGAACCAAAAAAAGCUUAGAUGCCUUCUUUUUCAAAUAAAGAUAGCAAGAGAAUGAAGAAAAAUUGAUAAUAGCCGUAAAUUAGAAAGUUGCUUAAAAUUGCAUGCUCUAUCUGAAUCACAAAAGAAAAAAAUUAGGUUCAGUGUCCCUUUAAAUGGAUUGGAUAGCGCAAAAAACAUGUUUAGCAGCUGUCUAAUUUACUUUUGUUAUCAAUUUUGCUUAGUUCUCUUGGUAUCCGUUGUCAAAGAGUAAUCCUAGGUGAGCUCAGGAGCGUGAAUGUGUCAUUAGCUAUUUAGCAGUAGUGUUUGCAAUAAUUUUUAUAGCAAUUGUAUACAUUAUUGCAAACACUGCUGUCAUAGAAUGCUAAAGACACGUGCACACUCCUUAUCUCCUUGCAGCUUACUUGGGAUUACUCUUUAACAAAGGACAUAAAAGAAUAAAGCAAAUUUAGAUAAUAGAAGUAAAUUGGAAAUUCUUUUAAAAUUGCAUGUUCUAUGUGAAUCAUGAACAUUUAUUUUUGACUUUACUGUCCCUUUAAAGUUAAUAAUAAUAAUACACCAUUCCCACGCUCUGAUAAUAUAAUUAUAAUUUACCAUUUACCACUUUUUGGGAUUCUAAUCCUUUAAAAUAAAUAAUUAAAUAAAGCUCAUGAAAGGUCAAGAUUAUAGAAAGAUAGUCACAAUCUUCUAAAAACGUUCAUGAUUCAGAUAGAACAUACUAUUCUUUUUUUUUUCUUUUUUUUUUUUUAAAUCUGAAUUUCUUUUGUACUCAGAUUUGCCUGUUUCUGUUGGAAUCUUUUACUGAAUCUCAUUCCCUUUGGAACAUACUGCAAUACACAAUCUUGAGCCUACCUUACGGCUCUCAUGGAAAGGAGAUAAAUGUCAUCUAAGAGUAAAAUGUCAUUUUAUUACAGAAAUAAAUUGGCACGUUUUUUAAAUUCCUUGCUGUAUCUGAAUUCUGAAAGUUUAAAAGGCCAGUAUAGUCAUAUGACUCGGCUGUGCAACUACCGCUGCUGUUAGGGUUAGCGGCACUUUCCGCUUGUGCCGAGCAGUUAUCUGAGGUUCCCAAUAUAUACAUAAAAUUAUGAGUUUAAAGGGACAGUCUACACCAAAAUUGUUAUUGUUUAAAAAGCUAGAUAACGCCUUUACUACCCAUUCACCAGCUUUGCACAACCAACAUUGUUUUAUUAAUAUACUUUAUAACAUUUAAACCUCUAAAUUUCUGCCUGUUGCUAAGCCACUGCAGACAGCCUAAUAUCACAUGCUUUUCUUUUAACUUUUCACAACAAGAGACUGUUAUUUAUAUGGCUCACAUAAACUAGCAUUGUGCUCUCUCCCGUGAUGUGCAGAACACAGCACUAAUUGGCUAAAAUGCAAGUCAAUAGAUAAUAAAUAAAUAGCCAUGUGAUAGGGGGCUGUCUGCAGAGGCGUAGAUACAAGGUAAUCAUAGAGGUAAAAAGUAUUUUAAUAUAACCAUGUUGACUGUGCAAAACUGGGGAAUGGGUAAUAAAGGGAUUAUCUCUCUUUUUAAACAAUAACAAUUUUGGAGUAGACUGUCCCAUUAACCCCUUUGGUGGGUUAAACACAUAGCAUUACAGGGUCACUAGUUUUAAAAUCACAUGCUCUAACACAAUAGCUCAUGCAGAUUUUCCAAUAUAAUGGCCCUUUAAUUUGCUCUUCAGUAAUUUUGUAGCGAAAUCAUCUGAUAAAGAAUUACAUUUA